UUUAUUCAGAGCACUUUUUCACUUUCUCCACUAAAGAAGUUGAAUUAGUACUUCCUCUUUUUCCAGUCUUCUUUACUACAGUGUUGGUUUGUUUGAAAAUGUGGCGUUACAAGAUGGAGGAAAUAAAAUGGACAACAGCAGAUGUAACUGGGCAGACUGAGACAAAAUACCUGUGAUUUUUGUUUUCCAGGAUUGUGAGUGAGCUUUUGUGUUUUAAUCACAUGAUCCAUUCUGUCACUCCUCACCUGGGGAAUGUAGAUCAAAUCAGUGGCUGGGAUAGGAACAUUCUUUCUCCACAUUCCUCUACUCACAGAUAAAUGUUGGUUUGUUGAAAUGAUGAUUUAUUUGGAGUCUUAUUAUGGUUCCUCUUUUCACACAGUAUAUAUUGUGUAGCCUCUGACAAAUUUGAUCAUAUUGUGUUACCAUAUGACACACUCAGGCUUAACUCUUUAAGGGCAGCUCUGAGACUUGUUGCUUUAUCUCUGAUGGGAUUUUAAGCAUCAAAAUUCCUCUGUUUUACUCUCUCAGCACUUUGGUAUCUGAAAAGCACACUCUUAAAGACUUUUGUUGCAUAUUUUCCAUUUGAAGUACCACCCAUAAAUCCAUAAUUACUCUCUAUUAGGCUUUGAUUCCCACAGGUGUUAGGAAAAAUCCAACAGAUGAGUCACUCUUAUUCCAGUAUUCAGCGACAGGGAGCAGCAGGUAUCAACAUGCAGCUGUGACAGGACAGUUGCUGCUGACAGAGGCGGGGUGAGGGAGCAGAGGCGGAUCAGAGGCAUGUUUUGAAUUCUAUGCAGCCAGUUUACCUCAGCUAAUGACUGUGUGGGCCGUCUAAACUGCUGCUCAUUUUGUUUGCUGGAGCAGAGGUGCGAGGAUGAAUUUAUACAGGAGUUUUGGGAACCUCAUGGAGGCCUGGGUGACUGAAGGAGCACAGGGUUUGGACUCAGAAUGGCUUGGAAUUAAUAAUGAAGACUCUCUUGAAGCUUCCUCAAACCUGCGCUCAGAAUCAGUGGACUCUGGAGUGGAGACGGCCAGCUCUGAGACAUCUUUUCCUGUGACAUCCUGCUCUGUCUUAACGGAUAACUCAGAAAUAAAUGCGUCAACAUCUCAGUCUCCUGUUCUAUCCUCUCCUGUGUUCUCCUCUUCCUCCUUGUCCUCCCCUCACCUCUAUCCCAGGAGGGCUCCGGACAUCUUAUCCCAAAAAUUGGAGCUAACAUUACAACGGGCUGACUCUAAAUGCCUCAAGGAAAACUCAGAACUCCCUACAAUGGACGAGGUGCCCAGGAUGCGGCAUACAUCAGAGUUAGUAAGAGGUCAAAGGUCAGAAAGUUUUGGCCUGAGGAGGACAGUCAACCCAUCAGCUUCCACGAGGCAGAUGUCGGAAAUGUGCAAACGACCAGUGUCAAUUAGUUAUAACAUGCAACAAGCUCAGACAAGAUCAGAGGUCGUGUGUGAUGAGAAAAAGAAAGAUCUGAGUCCAGGUCUCUGCUACCUGGAGCAGGUGUGCCAAAUGCUGGAGGAAAUUGCCAGACAGCAGAUGCAGAGCCGAGUGUUACAGAUGGAGAUGGAUGCCCUGCGGGAGCAUCAAGACAUGGAGGUGAGCCAGGCUCCAGACAACUGUCGGAGUGACUCUAAAGCUGCUGAGGAGGAGCUCUUAUGUAGUCUAAAGCCUGGAAAUACAAGUCCAGACUGCAGAGCCCAGCAACGGAAAGAUAAGCCUAACAGGCAUUUUCGGCAAAGAUCAGCCUCAGAUCCAACUAUUGCAUUGCUGCAUUUGAGAAUGUUAAAUACAGACAGCAGAGGGCAGCACCUGAGAACAGAUGGCCUGCAUGAGAAGGAAGAGGAAGUCCAUAAAAAGCAGGAGUCUAAAAAAGAGGAGUCUAAGGUCACUCGCAAGAACUGGAAGUUAAAAUUUGGGUCUCUGAGAAGAGAGGAGUUUACUGUCAGAGACACCAAUGGCCAACAGAUGCAGCCAUCUGAGAGAAACUCGGCCCGACGACGGUUGAGCCAGCUGUUCGGGAGGAACAGGAAAACUCUGCCUGUGUAAAUGGAACACAGUGUGUCUGCUUGAACAUUUGACUUACUGUUCUAAAGAGAAGGCUUUUCUGAAAAAGGUCUGAGCACUGUGUGCUUCAUAAUGACUUCAUUCAGCCUAUGUGAUGGAGCAAUCAGUCAUGUCUAUUUAUUGUCUGCUGUUUACUUGCCUUUUUUAUUUAUACAGAUUUUUCUUUGAUGUUUUGAUGGUAAAAUGCUUUAUCCAUCAUAGCAGCAUUUUUAUGAGCACUCUAUAGAUUAUUUCACUAUCAAUGUCAGUUGUCAUGAUGUAAAUUUAACAAGGUAAGUGUAAAUAAUGAUCUCUAUGUUAUUCAAUACAAGAAUAUUAUCCCUCAUAUACAUCAUAUUCAUUAAUGUCCUUGGAUCUUCAUUAUUUUUUAGUAUCAUGUAGCCAAUUAGACAAUGCAAUGUCCGCACACUGUCCCCUGAGUCCUAAGCUCUUCAUAUUGCCUUUGAGCUGUUUUAAACUAAAAUAUAACUGCCUUAUAUUUUAAACUUAGCUUAUCCUUGGAUCAGAUCAUUUUGAUCCAGUUAAGGGUCUGUAUUUUUGCUUGAUAAAGAAAAUUCACAUUUA